AUGAAGAAGCAAAACGUCCGCACAUUAUCAUUGAUCGUUUGUACGUUCACCUAUCUGCUCAUCGGUGCCGCCGUGUUCGACGCCCUAGAGUCCGAGACGGAAAUACGCAGGAAACAUGCGCUAGACUGUAAGAGGAGUUAUUAUAUGUAUACAUAUAGAUAAUUAUAUUACAAUGCACCCGAAUAUAUACCGAUAUCAUAAUUAUAUUACAUAACCGGUCAACAGUGUGUAGAAAACACCGUCUCAGGUAGCACAUUACAAAAUGUACACAACUAGUCGGAUACGCACUUGUUGUCGGAAUUAAACGAUUAUAGAAUGAUUUCUCGCCAUACCCGGAGAGCGGAAAGUAACUGAUAAAAAUAAUGCUAUUGUGUAAACAUAAUUAAGGCUAAGACUGCUGGGGAGGUUUUUAAGACAUUGGGUCAGAAUGAGUCUUUUGAAACGGCAUAUAAUAGAGAAAGUUCAACCAACACGGAAAUUAUAUUUUGUAAAAUUUCUAAAAUCUCACUAAACUUUUAAAAUAAACUCGCUUACGUUUUGGCUUAGGAUGAAUCGGAUAGAGUCCAUAAAAACAUGCCCGGGAAAUCGGGUUUAGUUUUGAAGUGGUUUCCUUGAUGACCAUGACGCAUGCUUUAUUUUUAACCCUAAGUGCAGUUGAAAUUUAAUGUUUUCAGUUUGAGCCCAAAGAAGAGUUGCGCAAGACUAUGGUUUUCGGAAAAUAUUGGGGUUAAACUUUAAAAAGACUGACAAAAAUAAAAACAUACGUACAGUCGUACAUGUACAUUGCAAUACAUUUUGCAGCGCACGACUCGUGUUUUUGACGCGAACUUUCGUUCCAAUGAAAACCGUAUUACUCGGCCUGUCACGAUUUGACAGGGUUUUAUAAAAUAAUAUAUUACAUAUCGUUCCGGCAAAUUUAAAAAUACAAGAAACCGUCACUUAUUAAUGUUAGCCGUCCGCUUUUGUUAAGGUUUUGAUAAACCGGAAUACGCUGUAUCCGUGCGGAACCGUAACCACCCAUCAUUAUACCGCACGCGAUACGUUUGUGGAUUUCUCGUAAUUUUUCAAAAGUCAUUUCGUGUUUGAGAUGAAAAAUUUAAAUUAAAUACAAUUUCAAAAAAAAAAAAUAUCAUUGUUUUAUUUUGUAUGGAGAAUACUCCAUCCGAUAUAAUAGUACCCAGUAAUAAUCAUCUGUGUGUUAAAAACAUAAUAAAUCAAUUAAAAUAUCAUUAAUAAUUUUUUUUUUUCAAAUUAACAUACCUACCAAUAAUUGUUACUUAUUUUUUUAUGAAGGGAUGGCAGUCCACAAAAUUCAAAAAAUCAUAAAUAUUUCAGACAUUCAAAAAUGGGCUCGAUGAAUAUGUCAACAUUCAUCAGUAAUUGUUUUCAACAAUCGUGAUUGCUUUUGGAUAUUCUCAGUAACAUAAUGAUAUUAUUAUAAUAUACUAUGAUGUGUGUGUGAAACGAGGACGGUUCGGCAUUAACCCCUGGCUUAUAGGGUAUUAAUUAAUUUGAUAUUUAUUCACUCGGUAUAAUUUAUAUUGAUACAAUAAGGCUCGGAAAGCCCCGAAAGCCGCAGCUUGAAGGACUGCUCGUUAGCGUUGAUAAAUCGCAUAGAAUUUAAAUGUAGUCAUAUUUAGCUCCUGCGUCUCCAAACCGAAUCCACCGGGAUUUUUCGUCACUUCGACCGGAUUACAUAAAGGCUUCUAUAAAACCUGGAGUAAUUACAGUUUAAUCCACCUGAAGAUAGUUACUAUGGUGAUAGUUAUUAUCACAAUGGCACGUGAUAGUUAAUUAUCACAAAAAAUAGAGUUCACAUGAUUAAACUCCAAUAAUGUUCUUUCGGAUUUUUCUCAAUUAUUUUGAAAAUAACUUAGAAAAAUAAAAAUAACCUGAAAAGGUGCUACAAUUGAUACUUAGGGGAGCAAGAUUUUUGGUAAAAAAGUAAUUCACAGACAGAAAACAAUAUAAGGAAAUAUAAAAAUUAAAAAUUCAUAAAUCACAGUAAAACCAAUAGAUCCUUCGAUACGCUCCGAAUCUAAAACCACUAAAUGAAUUAUUAUAUCAUGGCGUAAACGCGGAUCGAGUUUGUUUAAAAGUGUUUUCUUUUAUUAUAAUAUAUUUAUAUAAUUACACAUAACGCUAUAACGGUAAAUAUAUAUAUAUUCUAUAACGUUGCAAACAGACAUUUUUAAAAGUAUAAUUUAUUUCAUGUAAGUUUUCAUAAACGAAAUUCGGUUAUAUUUACUGAAAUUACAACAUCUGCAUUGUAUAAAAUUACAACAUAAAUAGGUACAUUAUUAUUUUUCUCGGUGUUCAAGGAAUAUGAUAAAAUAUAUUUUUCUUCUUUUUUAAAAACCUGAAAGAUAUAUUUGAACCAGAUUUAAACUAUAAACAUACGUAUCAUAAAACUAUAAAAAUAAUGAACUUACCUCAUUUUAAUAUUUAGGGUGGACUGAGACAAGCUUACUAAACAUGUCUACUGAUUAGGAAAGUAGGUAUUCUAUACCUACCUAAAAGCCAGAGAUUUACCAACAUUUUAGAAGACUGUUCAAAUUGAUCAUAAAAGUGAAAGAUCAUAGUAUACAUGGUUUUCAAUUUUAGAAGUAAAAUUUUAUUUCUAGUUAAAUGUAAAACCAUUAGCUUCUUCGCCCCACUCAGAAUUUAAAAUAAUACAAAUAACAUGAAUCAUACUAUUAUUCUAGUACAUAGUAUAAAAUUCAGUAUGCACAUGACAAAAAGAAAACCAAGUAAUAUGUGAUGCUAAUCUUAGUUUUGGUCACAACCAGGUUACUGAACACACAUAGAAAAUGUCGCCUGUUAAUAUUAGCAAAGUUUGCUAAUUUUUCUAAACGAACAAACUGAAAUUUUUUGUUUCCGAUGUUUGAAACGUUUGUUUUUUUUUCAAAUAUGCUGAGAGACAGAGAGUUUGAAUUUUUGUGUUUCGAGCUCAGGCAUGAAAUUACUCUUUCAAAUUGAUUGAACACAACAAUGAUGAAUAAAGGCAUUACAGAGAUAAGAAUAUUUGUCCACUUGUAUUUUUCUUUGGGGUCCAUUAGUUUUACUAUAAUGUGUGUGUGUGUGUGUGUAUGUUUUUUUUUCUGUAAACAAAUUUUCAAACAGAAAAUUUGCCUCAAUAUAUAGAUUACAAUAAAACUAUUUUGUUUCAUUUCAGGUCUAGUUGCCACAAUAAAAAUGCCAUUUUUUAAUUUCUCAAGGAAUUUUUCACAUAAUUGGUAUACUAGAUAUAAAAUUUUUUAUACGAAAAACGUCAAAUAUUUACGGCAAACAGUAGUGUUACCGGUUUCAUUGUUUUUAAUUUAUAUGCACUAUGUUUUCUUCCAGAAAAAUAUUGCUCUAAUAUGAAAACGAUAAGAAACUUUUCUUAUUGAAUUUUUAACCUAGUUAGUGAUUAAGUCGGUUUUUGGUUUUUGGGGGAAAACUGAAAAAAAGUUAGAAAGAAUGGAUAAGUUUACGUAAAACAUGGUUUCAUUAUUGUUGUUUUUGUUUUUUUGUUGUAAUUCAAUUAAAAAUAUUCAUAGAAACUUGAAUCAAUUGAAUGACAAAAAUCUUACAUUUGCCUCUUCUAGAUUUUGUAAAAUGUUCAUAAAAUUUUGGUGACUUUAGGGCUAUUUAUAGACAUUUUAAGUUAGCGAGUUUUUUACGUAGUUUUAUUUUAGUAGGUGCUAUGUGGUGAUAAUUGUUUAACCAAAUGGAUUUUUUUUAAAAUUGAAUAGGUAUAAAUUAAAUAACUUCAUGUACCCUAUUUUCUUAGCAGUAUAGGAUCUUUUAUUUUUAUUUUUCUUAGUGUACACUUUUAAACUAAUUUAACCGGUUAUGAAUAAAAUGUAUAAUCAGAGAUUCAAAAUUCGGAACUUGAGUUUUUUUUUAAUUUUAGUUUCUGCAUUGAAUUUUGGACUUUUUGACAUUUUUUUCUGUCGAUUUUAGAGUUUCUUUGGUUAUACUCGGGGAAAAAGUCGACAACCCAUCAAACCUUACCUAAAUCCAUUUAUAAUCUUAUUUUACAUUUAGAAAUGGUUUUUCGUCGCAUUCUAAGUUUAAUCUUCUCAAUUUCCUGGCUUCACGCUUCAUUUUUUGAAAUUUCUCCAAAAAAAAUAAUAAAGGAUGAAUUUAUUUAUAGUUGAAUAUUAUCGGCUUGUGACCAAUGACUAUACCACGUUGUCAUGGAAUAUAAGAUUUCUCGUUUGAUCUCUAAAUUCGAGCAACGUUGGGCCUAGUUAAUACUUGGAGCUUGUUAGCUGACCAUUUGAGAAGACUGCUGCGUGCUGUUGGCAUAAUUUUUUUUUAUGAUGAUUAAUUUAUAUAAUUAAAACUAACUUGAACUUAUAGUUAUAAGAGUCAGAGUUCUAAAAUAUUGCUGAUUUUACUUUUUAACUUAUUAUAUCGUUAUAAACGAAUAGUAUAAUAAAUAUUGUGCCUAUAUAUAUAUUAAUUUUAUUAAUAUAUAUAUAUAUAUAUAUGUGGUUCCGGUGUGUAAACCGAAAAAUAUUGUGGCGGAGUCUCUGAGUAGCGGAUUUUAUCGUCUUGCGUAUAAUCACCACGGCGGCGAUGGCGGCAAAUUGAUCUAAAUCCUCACUGGAAACGAGCAGCUGCCGUUGUGAUGGGAUUAAGUACACACUCGUAAUGUUUAAAGCCCGACACGAUUCACGAAAACGAAAUAAUUUAAAUAGAUAUUUAUAUAUUCCUUAAAUAAUAAAAUAAUAAAACAUGUUUACGAAAUUGUGAAAGUAGAAAAUAAAUACGGUCCUCUAAACGUCUGAAUAAUAAUUACAAAAUUAAAAUCACAUACCCGUGGGCCAUACUUGACAAAAUUUCAAGAAAACUUGAACUCUCUAUUAUCAAACUCACAAUAACUCAUAUUCACCUUACCCCUUUAGUACUUGAUGAAAAAAGAAAAUCCUCCUAUAUGUACCAGUUGUGGCCUCGCAGUGAAACACGUCCUCAUCGAAUGUGACACAUCAGAGGCGGUUUGAGCGCUCUUACAGGAGGUACACUGCGCUCCCAAGAAAUAUGGUGGAGGAAGGGGUAUGGUUUAUGAUAUAAUGACCUUUGGUCGUUUUGAAUGUAUAACUUAUAAUAUAUUAGUUGUUAUUGUUUAAAGUUUAACAAUACAAACAAUUAAAAAUUAAUAAAUAAUUAAUUUGUUAUAGGCCCUUGAUACAGGUAUAAUAUAUUAUAAUAUUUUAAUAUCUCAAGUAUUAUUAUUCUUUAUGUUUUUGCUAACUUUACCAAGGAUGGAGACCAAAUUUGUUUUAUAUACUCAUACAUAAACGAUGACCUUCGUAAACGGGACCCUUUGUCCCCUCUUAAUCUGGGAUUGAAAGUGAAAGUGCUGGUAUUUAAUGGUAUUUAACAGGUGGGUGAUUAUAUUUAAUAAUGUCUUAAUUUCCAAACAUCAUUCCAAAUCAUUCAAUCCAGAUCAACAUAUAAAACAAAAUUUGUACUGUUUACAACUUAUUUCAAACAAAUUGUUAACUCAUAUUUAACUAUUUCACAUUUGGUGUACUCAAUGGUCCUUUUAGUCGUGUGUUAUUAAUAAUACAUAAAAAUAACAAAAUUGUUUUCCGAAUCGGGUUAGUAGGUCAAAAACUGCGCAUUCGGAGUUGAGUACAAUUUUUAUUCCGGAAAAUAUACGUGUUAUCGGUUUAAUAAUGGAAAAUCAAAUGUGUUUGGUUAGGUUAAUUUAUCAACCAAAAUUAAUCGUUUGUAUUUCGUCGAUGAAUAAAAACAGUCGACUGAGAGUUCUAGGAUGAGGAGAAGGUGGAAUAGAAGGCCGAUAUCAAUUUUAUUUUACCCGCAAUGCCGUAUAACGAUGCGGAUGUGACCGUUAUUGAUGUCGUUAUAUACUUCCGACCAGGAUAAAAAAAACUAACAACCCAAUUUGUUUUCAUAAUAUUUAUAGAUCGUUAAAAAUAUAUAUAUAUAUAUAUUAUAGACUCGUGCUGAUUUAAACUGAAUUUAUUUAUUGUACCAGUCAAUUUGUUUGAUACGUAUCCACAUUUAACCAUCACGCUCGUUUAAUAAAUAAUCAAAACCUGUUAAUAAACCUAUUUAUUCAGUGGCUUUGGGACAUUUAGACUUAUUUUAAGUCUAUUAAAAUUAACUAUACAUCAAUCGGAUGUAAUUCGGAUUAUUUUUGGGAAUUUUUUAGACAAUAAGUAGAGGAAAAAAAUUCAAUUUAACGAGAUGAAAAAAAACUUUUUGUCAGUUUAUGAUGCCACUGCAGAAUAUAGUUAGAUUUUGACUCAGAAAUUUAAAUAAGAAUAUUUCAAGCCAAUGAACGUGUAUAAAAUUUAAACAGUUUUUUAACCAUUCAACAUAAUAUUAUUACGGACGAUAGGUCAACGUCGUCAAUAUUGAAUGAAAACACAGAAAAUAUUCACACAAAUUAUAUAAUGUCAUCACGCUUCGUUUAAAAUUUCGGUCAAUACCAGCUAAAAUAUAAAAUAUUGUUCAAUUUUAUUGAAUAAACUGUGUUUACGUAAUAACUACGUGAUAGUCAAAUUUAAUUAACUCUAGUUUUGAACCAUAGGUUAGGUUAGGUAAGAUGCCUAUUAUAAGUAGUUUGUGCAUCAAUUUUAAAUUUAAACCGUAUAGACUCGUGAGCGUAUAAAUGACAUUCAUUUUUAUAGAUAAGUCAGGGUGCUUCGUCUCCUUGGUUUCUAUUAUCGUUUAUUUAACUUAUUACUCGAUAAAAUGGAAUAAUACAGGAACCUAUACUUAGUAUGCGUAUAGAAAAACAGAAAAACCAGCCAACGCGUGCGACCAUGGAGAAGAAAAACAGGCAAGUCGAAAGAGAAUAGUGCGGAAAAACAGUGCGUAUAGUGGCGGGUUGUUGAGGAAAGUCGUCGCGACGCCGGGAGAAGAAAAACAAGCGGCGUCGGAGGUUUACAAAGGGUCCGGACGGCGGUAGUGACUACUUUGGGGUGGCUAUAAGGGUGGAUGGGAUGUGGAGGAAGUAACGACGAUGAAGGGACGGAAUUCGAAAACGCGGUGGCAGGAUACGUUUACACCCAUCUCCACUCCUAAAGGUCGCCAUGGAUACACGCAAUGACGUCACGGGCAGUACGCCACAUCAAUCACGACCACCUCCUCGCCCCUAACUUCCCGCCAGCUGGCAUUGCGCCGCGAGGUACAACCUCUCUUCCGCCGGAUUGCGCGACCGUCGAAGGGGGAAGAGAAGGUAGAAUGUGACGGAAAAAUUACUCUCUCGGAUAAAUGUUUCGAAAAAAAUAAAUAAUACUAUAGGUAAUAAUUAUUUGUGUAUAUUAUUUUUUUGUAAAUAUAUAAGUUUGUAAUAUACACUAAAUUAUAAUGACUGGUGCAGUAUAUUGUUGUUUCGUUCACAGCCACACCGUUUAUUAACGCCAACGAGCCUGCCAUUAUAAUAAAACAUACGCAAUCAUAAUCCGGGUUAGUAUUAUAUAAUAUUGUGUUAAUUAGUAGCAGAUACAGAAUUGAAUUUUAGGGGGGUGGGCUCUUAAAAAAAAAUACAACAAAAAAAAGAGGUGAUACAGUACAGCCAUUAUUGUAGAUGGACAGUUGAUCGUCGAUAAACCAUUACCAACUUAUUUAUUGAUUGAGAUUUCUGGUAGAAAAUUUGUUCACAGACAGAAAUAAUGAAAAUGCCUUUUUUUUUUACAAUCCAUUACAUUCAUCGUUCUUUUCUGCUUUUCUUUCUUGAAAAUCUUGUAUUGAAUAAGUUGGGGGUGCAAGUCCCUUGGUUUCCCCUCUGAUUAGAUGUGGUUAAUAAUAAAAUAAUCAUCUACGACUGGUACCAAUAAUAAAAAAAAAAAACUAUGAAAUCUUCAAAGAUACCAUUAAGGAAAAAAAUUACAGGUCGGAGAGUCAAUAUAUAGUGUAGUAAGACAGUGACAUAACUCGUCUUAUCAUUAUUGAAUAAACCGUUGUUAUAUUUACAACAUUUUCUCCCGUGGGAAUUAAAAAUAGAAUAAUCUAAGAACUAACAUAGUGUUGACGUAAGGUGUAUUAUAGUGCUUGGAAACUUCUUUCAAAAAUGAAUUAGUUCACGUUCACUUUCAUUUUGUUAAAAUGGAACUAAGUCAAAGCUCACUCCACGAUUAAAACAAAGGAAUUUUUCGUUCCUCAAAAAAACUAAAUAUUUUUAAUUUUUAUAUAUUUUUUUUUAUUAUAUUUUAAUAUAUUUCCGAAUCCAUAAACAACUAAUUUGCAGAUAUCCUUUAGGUAGUAGGGAAAUUGGUACAAAUUUAAACAUUAUUAAUAAAUUAUUAAAAAAAGAUAAAUAAUAAAAAAUGUUUUAAGUAUACUUAAUAUAACGGACUUUAAUAGUAGGUACUUAUUAUUUUAUAUACCUACCUAGUUGGAAAUAAAUAAGUAUAUUUUGUUAAGGGUCCUCUAAACAUGAUUUAGUUUUUCUGUUUUUAUAUUCGUCUUCGAGUCGUAUUUCAACAAUUGUAAUUUUUUGAAAAUAACGGAAAUUAUACAUUUAUAAACAAUAACUAUUACUAUGCCUUGACCGAAUAAUUUUUUUAAUAUUUUAAUUGUUAUUAUAAAAAAAUACGUGUUUUAAUUUAAUUUAAUUCCUCAUAAUUUUAACCAUUAAUUUAACUAACUUAUUAACAAAUUUAAUCCACAAUAUCAUUAUCACAGAUGAAUUAAGGAACAUAAUUUAUGUGUUCUACCCGUACUUAUUAUAUACGUAGUUAUAGUACACGUGGACACCGACGUCAUCGUAAGGAUGGAAAUUACACUAGGAUAAACGUCUGAUUCUGAAAUAAAUAACAAUAUAUACCUAUCUGCAGUAUACGAAACAAAAAAAAUAUUAUACUGAACCGUGAUGGCGUGCGGUUGUAGUGUUGUUAUUAUAUUGGCGGUCGGGAUUUGAUUCCAAACCGUAGAGAGAAACAAACAAAAAAACCGAUAAACUCGAGAAACGGCUGGAACGAUAAUAAUAUAACAAUAUUAUUAUACUACGGGCAGUAAUAAAAUCGUGUGUAUACAGUCGGAAGUCGAAGGAAUAGGAUUGCGGAGUUGAAUUAUAUAUAACAAUACAAUACUGUGUAUACAGGGUCUUCCAAUGUGUAUAAUGCGACAAUCGAUUUUACUGUAAAAUAAAUAUACUUGUUUAAAUGACCCACGUGAAAUUAAUUCCACAUAGUCAUUCAUUUUAGAUUCUGUGCACAGUGAUGUAUUUAUUAGUUUUACUAUGACGUAUGCCUUUCUUUUUUCUUUUUAUUAUUUUUUUUUUUUUCUGUUUGUUAACAACUUUUUUUUACGAGAAAUAAUGCUCGGAUUUUCAAGUGCAGCAUCUUUUCUGAAAGAAAAUUAUAUUUUGUUUGUGCACUAAAAACGUCAGGUGUUCGGAUUUUUCUUGCAAUUUUCUAAAUAAUUGGAAAAACCCGUGAUAAAACGUAUAGGAAAAACUGGACAAAUUAUGGAAAUAACGGUUUUGUUAUUUUCAAUUUUGUUUUUUUUGUAAUUCGAUUUGAAUAAUCGUAAACAUCGGGGAUUUUCACAAAAUACUUUCAGAAUAUUAUUUAGCAUUUUUUUUUUUUUUAAGCUUUUUCAGACACUUAGCAAUUUUAAUUGUUUUAUUUAGUGUUAUGUGGAUACAAUUUGUUUUAACUAAUUAGAACAUUAUAACUAACGAUAUUUGAAAAUUGUAUUCUAGGUUUAUCAUAAGUUAUUAUUAGUGGUAAAAAAAUGAUAUUUAGAUUUUAUAUGCACUUAAUAUUUAUGAGUUUUUGACGUUAAAUUAUGAGUGGCAAACAGAAAAAAAAAAUUUGUAUAUAGUAGUAAUUUUAGAUUCUGAGUGGAACGAGGAAUGAAUUGGUUUUACAAUGAUUUUUUUUUUUUUCAAAAAAAUGUCAAUAACUUUUUACCAACAAUUUGCUCCUACUUACAAUGAUAGUAUUUUUUUUAAAUUCUGACUUAGGAGGUUAUUUUUUAAUUUUCCGAGGAUUUAGCUCAAUAAAUGAGAAAAACAGAGGGAAAACGAGAAAAUAGGUACAAUAUUAAAUAAAUAAAAAAAUAUAUAAUGCAUAUGUAAAUAUUUUACCACAAUAUGACAUAUAAUAAAAUAUUGUUGACGGAGCAACAUUAUUAACCGAACUCCGCUCAGAAUGUUUAAUCGUUGAUAUACAGGUAUACAUUGAAUUUUCCCAACUUCUCACUUAUAACAAUGGCUGCACCCGUCUUUAUUUUCCUAGGACAACUUUUUUUACACUCGUUUGAAAUUAAAUCUUUGAAGAAUAUCACGGCAUUUCAAAACAUGUUUAACCGAACUUCGCUUAGAAUCGUAUUUCAUUAGCAAUAAUUUAUUGUUGCAUACACAUAUAAACUGAAUAACUUUAUACAUCGCAUCUUAUCUUCUUAACUUCCCAACUUCAAUAGUAGGACACCCAUCAGUAAUAUCAGCUUUUUUGUCUUAUUAAUUAAAAAAAUAAAUAUUUGAGGAAUAAAUUUUAAAAUUCUUAUAGUGACCUAAUAUAAUAUUAUUUUAUAUAGAAUUAUAUUUAAUUGAUAUUAAUCUUAAAACUUGUCCAUUUUGUGUUAAUUUUUUAUUACGCGAAGCAGUGUUAUUAUUGUAUUGUUAAUAUCCAUUUUAAAUUUCCCAUUUUUAAUGAAUAAUAUUAAAAAACAAAUUUUGAAAUAUUGUAUGUCAUAAUGAAAUUGACUAUACGAGUAUAUUGUCUCAUGAAAUGUUGAAGUAGCGUCACGAGUCGUCGUUAUUACACGUGUCUGAAUGAUAGAAAACCGGGAAUACGGAUAAGGGGUGAUAAAGAGAACAUGACUAUGACAAGGGGAGGGAAAAAAUCAUUACCUCAUCCUUUCCAUACACAUAAUUUAUAAAACUUUCUUCCGGUCAAGACGACGUUGUCAUCAUCGUUGCACGUAGCAGUUUUUAGGUAUACCUCUCCUACUGCGAAUCCUUCUGAAUUAUAUUAUUUAAAUAUUUAUAAUACGAUAUAGCGGUGUCUCUCGGCCGGAGCAUCGUGCCCGGUCCACAGGGGUUUGCGUUCACCGAAUAUUCUCGGACUACUGGGUGAGGGAGGGUAUCUUUGAUGUACUGCAGGAUGUUUCAAAUGAAAGUUUUUUUUUUUAUUUAGACGCAAUCUUCUGUUAUGGUUCGAUUAGCAGAUUAGCCAUCAUUUUGACUAUUUAUAUCUAAGCGCAAGGUGCCAGGUUAAGUUCCAAUAAACAUAUAGUUGAUCUUUACGUAAAAUCCUAUUUUUAUUUACUCUCAUAUCUCUGUCUAAGUAAUUAUAGUAACUGUAUAACUUUUCAACAGUUGAGUAACUAAAAUUGAGUAAUUCACCCGACUUUUCUCUAUACAAUAUAAUAAAUGUAAUAUAAACUAUCUGACAAAUAAACGAAUAAUUUGACUUUUUUUUUCAGGAGAGGACUUUUUUUAUUCUUACCGUUUAGUUAUUAUUAUUAAAAAUUCGUUGACUUAAUAUACCGACUACAGGAUUUCUCCUAGACGGUUCCUCAAUGUAUAUAAUAUAUUAAGUGUACAGUUAUAUUAAUAAUAAUAUGAAUUCUUCAAACGUAGUGUACGUCUUGUGUUUAUACUACUAUCUAUGUUAAUAAUAUAGUUUAAUCUUAUUCAAUACGUACUAUGAAAAUGUACACGAAUGAAUUAUUCGUUUUGAAUUAAAAACUAAUGUUUUUUUUUUGUUCCAAUCCUUUGAUGUAUUUUAAAUGGUUUUCCGAUCGUUUAUCGUGAAUAAACACAUUAUAUUUAAUACCUUCGAAUAAUUAUUAUUAAAAACUGUGUAUAUUAUACGUUUAAAACGUAAAUAUACAAUAUGUAAAAUAAAAAAAUUCGUACAACUUGAAUUAUCCAAGAGUUUUUGUAUAAAUAAUUCGUUUAUAUAUUUUUUGCUUUUACAAUUAAAUACACGUAAAAAGGAGGGGGACUUUAAGGAAAAGGAUAGAGUCCUUACUCCUCUCCCCCGAAAGAAAAUGAUUGAUAUUAGAAAUAAAAACUCGACAUCGAGAUGUUGUUAAAGUUUUAAGUUUUAUUUGCUAUAAAUUUAUAAAAUCAUGUUUAAUAUAUUUUAUCCAAAACCUUCAUAUCGUCAUUUGUAAUCGAAUUUCCAUUCAGAAUUUAAAAAUGAUGUUUACUGUGUUCUAAAUUACAAAAUAUCGAUUUAUAACUGAUAAUAAAAUUAUAAAAAUCAGUAAUGUUAAGUUACUAGAUAUACAGAUAUAUUAAAUAUGAACUGAGAAAUGUAAGCAGAAAACAAAAGAUAAAAAAAGAGUUUUUAAAUUGAUCACACCCCUACGGUUUCUACGUAAACAUUUAUAGUCUAAAAACGCAAACAUAACGGAAUCCCUCGGAUUGAGUAUUGGUAUAGGUAUAAAAAUGGUUUGUGUCUACUACAUAGGUAUUAGAUUGUAUAAAACUACUUACAAUAAAAUUCGCUUGAGACGUUUUCACAUAAAACACUUUCCCACAUAAGACAUUGAUACAUUGUUUUCCAAGACAUUUCUUAUGAGAAUCAAUGUAAAAUCUACCUGUUAAGAUGCUUCAUUUUUCUCUAUCUAAUCGGAUAAAAUGCUCUUUUAUUCAGCAGACGGUAAACUAUAGUAAUAUUAUAAUUAAAAUAGAAAUGUACGAGUUUACUCGUUUCUAGUCCCUUCAAUAAAGUCUUAAGCGAAUUUGAUUGUAUAGAUAGCCGUCUACGAGUAAAUUGCACAAAUACAAAUGAUAAUAUAAAAUAUUUUUUUUUAAAUCAUCGUUUCUAUUAAGUCUUCUUUGAUUUCUUUACAUCAUCAUAUAAUUCAUGGAAUGAACAGUAAACAUUCCAUGGAUUAAUGGUUAUGGCUGCUUAAAAACUUCAUAGUAUCUCUUAUGGAACUUUCUCAUACAGUUAGCUAUCUAGUUGUAUUAUAUCGAUAUUUAUGGUUGUAUACUUGUAAUGGUUGUGAACCGUGUUUUGUUCUAAUCAGCCACUAUUUUAUUAUCUGAGUUACUAUAAUACAUGCGUAUUAAAAGUAUGUAAGCUCAUUUGUAUCAUAUAGCAAGUUACGUAAGUAACAAUUAUUAUAAUAUAGUCAAUCAAUUCAAUUGAGAUAGUUACCUACCGAAUAAUUACAUUAGGGAAAGCAAUUAUUCGAUAACUGUGUAAUUAGUGAGUGAACACCAAAGUAUUUAGCAUUAGGCAUGUUAAUAUUACUAAUAAUUAUUUAGCAAAUUAGAUUUCUUCAUUUUAAAUAAUUCCGCGUUAAUAAUAUUACAGCUAGCAGAUUAUAAUAUUAUAAAUCAUUUUAUUGUUUAAAGAUUUAAAAUUUGCAUUUUAACAAACGCAAAGAGGAAAAUCGUAUAUACGUGCAGAAACUGUGUAUGAUAAUUAUUACUAAUUAUUCCUUAUUAAUUCUGGAAAACCGUUAGUGACUUUUUUAGUCAAAUUUAUAUAUUUGUUUUAAAUAAAAUUUACUUCGUUAUUUUAGGUUUUAGAUUUAUUUGCUUGUAAUUUCACUCCAUGUAGUCAAAAAAUAUUUCUCUAAAACUAUAUUUUAUCUCUAUGUUUUUAUUUGUCAGUUUGUGUAAUGAUGAGAAUAAAUUAUGAUUUAUACGGUCGGAUUUCGCUAUCGGAAUUGCUUUUGAAGAAAGAUGAUUUGUCACUUUCAAAUAUAAAAUAUCAACAAAUUCGUAGGUGUAACUAUAUUCCUAUAGUAAAAGCGACAUGAAUCGAAUAUUUUUCAUGUAUUUUUCAUUUUUUACUUUUAAAACUUCAAAUCGGACGGAAAAAAUCAUAUUUCAAGUCAAGCAUAGAGCUAUAUAAUAUAAUAUAAUAUUUACAUGGCGUUAACCGUAUUCUAAUAAAUAAAAAAAAAAAAAGCUAGGAGCUAACCUAACCUAUUUGCCUACGAGGUGUUGCCAGUGUAAAUAUAGAUAGACGUUUUACGCAGCAUUUCAAAUACAUAUAGGUAUAAGGUAAAAGUUAUUUAUCAGAAAUGUGACCGUGAAAAUUUUUUAUGUAAAUACUAAAAUACUGAUUCUAAGAUUUUAAUAUAUUUAAAAUAAAAUUAUAAUUUAGAUGUUGAGACUUUUUAACGCUUCCAUCGCAUGUACAAUUUAAGUACAAUUUUUUAUUUAUUACAAACGUAUAUAAAAAAAUAAUAAUUAUUAUUAUCUGCUAUCAGUCAAAAAACUGUUACAUAUGGUUGAUAUUUGCCCUUUAAAGAUAAUUUAUAAAUCAGGGUCUCCCAACGUCUUUAAGACUAUUAGGAUCACUAGUCACGAAUUUAAGAUACGCUUUUUUUUUGUUUGUUAGCCACUUUGGUUUAUCGGUUGGAAAAUUAAUAACAAACGGAUCAAUUAGUUUUUAUUUUGUCGUACUGUAUUGUAGAGAUGCGUACUACUUUGACCCAAGAUGUAUUUCGGGGAAAACAGAACAAUAUAAUAUUGUAAUAGUGGCUGAUACCACUGGGCGAUGCCACUCUUUUAGGAUGGAAGUUUGAUAUGAGGGUAUGUAACGUAAUUUAAUUUAUAUCUGUAUGAUUAGAUAAACUAUUGCUAACAAAAAACAAUUCAAAGCCGAGUAUUAUUUUUUGUUUUUCUUGGUGCCAAGAUGAUCCGGAAAUCAACCAAAGUUAUCGGUACGAAAAAUCGCUAGUUGUUCCCAUGCAUUUAGAAAACUACAACGAAAAAAAAAUGAUCUCAAUGAAUCAACUAGAUCAAAGAAUUUAAUCUCGAAGAGGGGUUCGAUUGUCUCCAUCACUUCCCUCAAAUGAUUUUUUUUCAAACCUUUUCUAAUUAAUUAUUAACUAGAAAGUUAACUAAUUUUAAUUUAACUAAAAUGAUUAAUUUGGCUUUCUAUAAGUAGGUAUGUGCUCUUAAUUUUCAAGUUAACGGUUUUAACAGUUGUUGUAUCCUAUAUCCGGUUGAUGCCGGGUUCACCGUGAAUUUUGGUUUCUUCCGUAAAUGACGGCGGAUACUCGUUUAUUUGAGUUCGACUUUUGGGAUUAAUCAAACACUAAACUCAUCCGUUUUGAAAUAAUAACUUAUUGUUUAUUAUUAUUUAAAUUUAUUUAAAAAGACAUUUAUUAGGUUCUACGUAUAACUAUACGGAAUCGUUGUUUUAACUCGACUGCCGUCGUUGUUCGCAUUUCAUGCGCUCGGCGACGGAAGACGUUACCAAAAAAUAAUAUAUUGCUUACUUAGCUAAAUACAAACUAUGUUUAAAACCAAGGGUUCUCAACACAGUUAUAUGUGCUCCAUUAAAUCGUAGUUCAAAAAAUGAUUUGUGCAUCUUUUUGCCACUGAUGUAUUAUAGAUUGGAAUUUUUUUGUGUUUUACUCAAUAAAGAGUAAAACGCGGUAGUUUUUCUUUAUUAACUUUUCGCCAUUAAUUAACCUAAAGUUUUUUUCUAUUUAUUUAGCUUGAUAUAGUCAAUUGUUUCCAUAUAUUAUACACAACUUGUUAACAUUUGCAUAAAUAAUUAUCAAGAUAACUUAUUAGUCCUUAAUCUUCUGACGCAUGUACAUUGUACAUAAAAAUUAAAAUUGAUUAUUAUUAAAACAAUUUAAAUACCUACCUAUUUUUAACGGGAAAGCCACUAUCGUAAAUGUGUAGCUGGGAAGAUAUAAUAUGACAUAGUAGAUAUAAUUUAGUUUAUAUAUUGUAUGCUACGAUAAAUUAUUCAAAAAAACUAUUCUGAGCAAAAUUUUAUUAGUCGCGUUUUUAUAUGCUGUUAAGGUUACCCAGAAAUAAACAAAAACCAAAUAUCAAAAUGAAGGACCUAGGACUUAUAUAUAUUUUGAUAAAUAAAUCAAUUAAAAUACCUACCACUGGAUAUACAUUUCUUUUGAGGCACAAAUAUUAAUUUUGCGUACAAAUAUUAAAACAUUUGUCUAAACAAAACAAUUGAUUCAAACAAAGAACAUAAAAAAUCAUACAAAUAUUUUCCGAAUAAGUAUUGGACAUUUUUUCAAAUAAAGUACCAUUAAGCGAAAAAUCCGAAUCUUUUAAAACAAUGACAUGGACAAAUCAUAACAUUUUUACUAAUAAAGAAAGCGUUUUUCAUGAAAAUAUUUUAUAUAUAAUAAUAACAGUUCUUCUUCUUUACUUCGUUAUUGGUACUUAGAAUCUAAUAUUAAAACAUAAGUAAUCGAAUUUUUAUUAAAUUCAUCAUUACAAUUCAAUUUGAAUUCAAAAUAUUUAUUUUUUAAUAAUUGUUUUGGUUUUUGUAUUUUAAUUUUUUUUUAAAUAACACUCUAGCGUCGUAGUUCUUCGAGAUUUCCAUCCCAGGUAUAGUGGUUUUAGUUGUUUUAUUUUUUUUAUUUUUUUACGGAACACAUAAGAAAAUAUGUUCAAUAUACACAUAUUCCCGUACAUGCUUUCCCUGAAACCACAUAUUAUAAUAUACUCAUCUCGUAUUAUAUUAUAUACUCGUGUACGGUAAAAUUAUUUUUACGAUCACGUAAGCAAUAAAUUUUGGCUUACUUUGGGGUUUUUCUUACUUGGAGCACCGGGGACAAUAAUUUAUAUAGGUCCGUGUUAAAUCUUUGGUGGCGUGCCAACAACGAAAACCUAAAUAACUAUCCUAUGUAAUAUGUAUCCCCCUCCCGAUGCGGUCUGUCUGUCGAUCGACCGAUAGAAAACACAGUAGAUAACAUUAAUUUCAAUUAAAAUGCCCAACAGCGAAUAAUAAUAAUUUGAGUGUGUGUUUUAGAUUGGCAAUAAUAGUACAAAACAAAAAGCCGACAAAAGUUCGCAAUAUAACUACUAUUAAACAGAUAGUAAAUGACCCAGUUUUUUUAAAACUUUUUAAAUAGUCAAGGUCUUCCGGUUUUAAUGAAAUAUAAUAGAUAAAGUAAACGUUAUUACAAUUAGCACAAGAAAUAGAAUCUCUGUGAACUCGAAAUUAAAUUAUGUUGAGUAGACGAAGUAAAAUUUGUAUAAAAUGGUGUAGUGAUAGACAAGAGUUUAUGAGUUUUUUCGGAAUUUGCUUUUGGAAUAACUCAAAGUUUGAAGGCGGAAAAAUGGCGAAAUGAUAAACAGACAAGUUGGUGACUGACCGGUAUGAAGUUAGGAAGUAACUAGUAGAUUUUACUCCCGAAAAUAAGGAUGACAAAAAAUAAUAUAAAUGUAAUAAUGUAGAGUCUCUUAAAUGUUUUAUAAAGCAAAUUCCUAAAAAAAGUUAAUAUUUUCCAAGAUAAUGAGUGUCUUAAGAUAGAUUUAUCACCUUGUAUAAUAUAGGACGAACAUCAACCAUCGCGGUUAAUAAUUAUUAAUAUUAAUAACGACUGAUCGAACCGGACCGGAAUUAAUUUCACUUGUUAAUUAUUGAAAGUGCAUAGUUUCGAUUGUACUACAUUUAUAUACCUACUUGAAAAUUGAUGGUGACGCGUAGUGCGACGGACCGAAAAUACAAAGUGUACAUAAUUUUUUUUACGGCAAGUGCACACAUAGAUACAGUUAAAACCGGGUCAAGAGUCUCAAGAAAAAAUAUAAUAUUAUUAUAUAAGUAUUAUACGAGUAUAGGUGUGAUAAAAUUAAGCGUAAUAUUUUUUAUGCAUGUGCGCAAUAAAAUUAUAAUAAUAUUAUCAUUUGUAUUUGUAUUUAAAAGCUGUUAUAAGUUGAUGAAGUUUAUGCUGACUUCAAUAAAGCUUCUGAUUUAGUUAAUCAUGCGAUCUUGAUUAAUAUUCUUAACAGUUAUGGUUUUGGAGAGCUUUUUUUGUCAUGGCUUACUUCAUAUUUUAGUGAUCGAUAUCAAUGGAACAAAGUUCAAUCUAUUCUUAGCAUCUUCUGGUGUUCUUCAAGGUGGAUACAUGUCCCCCUUAUUGUUUUACUUUUUUGUGAAUAAUAUCAGUCAGGUUUUGCGUCACUCUAGUAUUUUCAACUUCGCUGAUGAUAUUAAACUCUAUUUGAGUGAUGGUUUUAUUAAUGGUUGCCUUCAUUUUCAAAGUUAUCUGGAAAGGUUUGUAGAUUGGAUUUUGUAAUUUUGGCUUGUCUUUAAAUAUAUCUAAGGCCUUGAGACUCUUGAAUUUAUCAAUAGGCUUGUUAGGGAUUAUAAAUUAGAUUUGUCAUUUAAUUUACUAUAUUAUAACUUAGUCCGACCUAUAUUGAAAUAUGGUGUAAUUCUUCAACUUGAUAGAUUGCAUCGCCUGUUCCUUUGUUAUGCUGGUUUCUUGCUAGGCACUAUUAUCCUCAAUCAACUUCAAGGUCCUUACUCGUCAAAUCCGUUCUACUGUUCCUUUUAUGUUCGAGCAAUUUUAUUAAAAAUGAGCCUAUUUGGCCUGUAAUGUUAAUGACCAAUGAGGAUCCCUCUAUUGAUAUUUAAUUAUAUCAUAUUUAUGUUAAUUUGUUAAUAUUUAUCAAGCCUAAUGAUAAUUUUUACCAUAUUUAUAUUAAUUUUUAACAGUGUAAAAAUUUAUUUUACUUGUCUAUUACGAGUAAUAUUGUUUUGUACUGAUAUUAUGUAUUUUAUUUGUAAAAAAUUUCAAUAGAGCUUCAAAACCGUUUAUUAUAAUAAAAUCAAAUAAAUAAAUUAUUAGGACAGCCGACAGUUAUAUAAUAUAAUUUAAUAGAUAAUAAUAACGGGUCUUUUCAAGUCCUCGAUGAUUUAUUUUUUUUUUUUUUUGUGUCACACAGAUGAUUUUAAUGGAUUUUUUUUUGUUUUCUUAACAUUUAGCCAUAGAGGGAAUAAUUCUCAACAAGUACAACAUAUCCUUAGACGACUAUCGGCUGAUCGAGACGAUUGUGUUGAAAUCGGAACCACACAAAGCCGGACAACAGUGGAAGUUUGCCGGAGCAUUUUACUUUGCCACGACGGUCCUCACAACUAUAGGUAUGCAAAAAUAUACGACGAAUAACUGCUCGUUUAUUCGUAAAUUGAAUAUUAUUAUACGAUACAAAUGCCAUGAUAUAAAUAAUAUAAUUCUUGAGAAAAAGGCUUAUAAUAUAGCCAUUAUAAUAAUAAUAAUACGAUGCUUCUAAAAGGGGAUUAUUGCGGAGAAUCGAUCAAAACCUUCCACGCGUUUUUUCAGUAUAUAUAAUAUAAAUUAUCAAAUAUAGACCCACCACACAUGUAUCCUACUAUGUGCAGGAUACAUUUUUAAAAAUGUGAACGUUACAAUAAGUCACUACGAAAAUUCUUCCAAAAUAAUUUACAAUGUUUACUUAUAUAUUAAUAAAAGAAAAAAAAACUAUUAUAUGCGUCAAAUUAAAUGACUAGAAACGAGAUAAAGACGAAAAUAAUUAUCACUGCACCUAAUAUCACCAAAUAAUUAAUUAUCAUUCUUAAAUAUGCGUAAUAUUUGCACACUAUAAUUAACUUCCUACUAUGAAAACAUUACAUGUACCCAGUUUUUGAUAAAUUUCCCCCGAUUGACAUCAGAAGAAUUUUAGCUUGCUAUAAAACUAUUUUAAGCUCCGUUUAAAUAUUACCUAUUUUGUAUUGUAUGUUAACAAUUAACAAACAUUAAUUUUUCUCCCGAUUUAUUUUUGUGUAAUCCACAUCCAAAUAGGUAUCUCAGGUAAUACAAUUUCGAUAAAAGUAUUUAUAUUAAUUUAAAAUAGAUUGUCGUUUAAGUAAAUUUGAAAAUUAAUUUCACUUAUAUUUGAAAAUAUUUUAAUAGGUACACAUAUUAUACGCAAUUCUAAUUUCGUCCACCUUUUUAAAAAUAUAUCUCUGCACUAUACACCACCUUAGUCGAUAAAGUGCAUUUUGAUCUCUCUUGAAUCGCUUGGGAAUUCCCCAGUUUUCUUUAGUACCUACGCUUCAUUUUUAAAACAGAAACAACACGCCACGUAAUAUGAAAUUUUCGCUCGUGAUCAACUUUUAGACUCAAGUCUCAAUGAUAUAAUUAUAAUAGGACUUGACUUGUAAUCACAAAUCCUUUUAAUUUUAUUGAGUACCUAUAAAUAAUGUAUACAUUUUCUGGUAGUAUUAAACAUUUAAAACUGUAUAUUAAUCGUGUUCGGCUUUUACACUUACCGAAGUCUAUAAAUUAUAUAUUUAAAGAUUUUCCUCGUUCUCGAAUAAUGUAUACAAAGUUUUGACAAAGACGGUAUCUAUACCGAAUCUCUUGUACAAUACAAAAAUAUCAACUUCAAAAAAUAAAGAUUGAUUUGUAUUUUUAUGAUUUUGGCUGCAAAUUAAUAUGUCAAGAUGUCACUUGACAUAAUAGUAAUGGGGCGUCCAGCAAACACAAAAUAUUUUAGUAUAUUCGUAUAAACGUUCUAGUGGUUAUAUGAUUUAUUUUUGAAUAAAACGAAUAAACACUUAACAGGCAAUUCAGUUGUUCAGUGUCCAGUGAUCGAACAGUUGUGUGCAUGCGUGUGUCAAGUUUCGUGUAGUCGUGUAUGCGUAAUUACAUUCGGUUUGUUAGAUUCUGAGUGUAGCGAAGUAUGUAUUAGUUUUACAAAGAUGUUUUUUUUUUUUUUUUUAUGGGAACACUGUUUCUACCAGGAAGAUUACUCCGAUGUAUAUGACGUAGAACCUUUUCUGAAAGAAAAUUUUCUCAACAUUUUUCUCAUCAAAUAUGAAAAACCAACAAAAAAAAAAAACGGGAAAAUGUACGAAUAUAUUAAUAAAAUAUUAUGAUUUUAUUUUCUGUGGGGAUAACUAAUCUACCAGUAAUUUUGCUCCGAUUUAAAAUGAUAGUACUUUUUCUAUAAGGAAAUCUGACUGAAGAGGUACUUUAAAGAAGUCAGUUUUUUAUUUUCCGAGGAGUUCUCAACAUAGGAAAAAAACUAGGAAAAAUGGGAAAAUAUAUGAAAUUUAGGUAUUAGUUGAAAAAUAUUUUGGCCUUUUUUUUUCCUGUAAACAACUUUUCUAUCAGCAAUUUUUCUUCGAUUUACAAUAACAGCAAUUUUUCUGAAAGGAAAUCUGAUUGGGAAGGUAUUUUAAUGAGGUUAUUAUUCGAUUUUUUCAAGAGUUUUCUAUCAAAAAUAAAAAAAAAAAAACAUAGGAAACACGGAAAAAUCGGUACAAUUUUAAACAAAUAUAUAGUGCCUAUUUAAUUAUUUUACCAUAAUAUGACGUAUAUAUUGUUGGUAAAGCAUCACUAUCAACAGAACUCCACUCAGAAUCGUUCUUAGCAAGUAAUGGUUUAUCGUUGCUUACAGAUACAAAUUAAUUUUCCCUCUUUAUCCUACUUCCCCAACUUCUCACCAACAACAGUGGUACAUGUACUACAUACAUCGUGCGUGGUAUGCCCGUCAUUUUUGUUUUGAGAUUAUUAAUGUAAUAUAAUUACAUUAUAUACAUUAUAUGUAUAUAAUUAUUAAUCAAAUAGAUUUGAUUUCAAAACUUUAAUAAAUAAAGCAACCUAAUUGCAAAUAGUCAGGAGAAUUGACUUUUGAUUCAUGGUAACAGUAUAUUAAAUUUAGAUUUUGUUUUGAUUCGCUUGUUGAAUUAAAGAUAUUGUAUUGAAGUGAUUGAAUUCCAAUAGUUUUAGUUUUAAAAAGUCUUAAGUUUUUAUGUGUUAUACAAUAAUAUUCUGCACUCGUAACCCCUUUGGAGUGUUAAAUAAAACGUUACCUAUGAGAUUAAUUUACCUAUUUUUACUCCUAAAAUUUUGCUAUAUUUAAAUAAAUUUUGAAAUUUGUGAUACAUGAACAGCAGUGUUUCAAACUUGAUAUAAACACAUUUUAGGUAGAAUGUUAUAACGUGCAAGUUUGCAAUUAUCUUUAUUUUCUUCUUAACUACUUAGAUAUUGGGUAUUUUUAAUUUUAUUUUUACUGCUAAAAGCCUUAAAAAAAUAUUUGCCCCAGAAGUCUAAAUCCAGCCCUACUUCGAAUCGAAAUAAUUUUAAAGUAUACAAAAAUAGGUUAAAUAUUUCACCAAGAAAGAGACGCUAAUAGAUAUAACGGGAAAUGUCAAUAUAGGUAAGAAGACGUGGAGAAAACACGGUACACGGUUUUCUUUGUUAAUUAAUGAGACAAAUUUCUGCAGUACAUAAUAUAUAAGUAACUGAGCUAAGACAUUCUACAUUAUGGGUUGUUUGCAUAUUUUUAAGUUGAAAACAUCACCGAGUAAUAAUAAUAAUAUGCAAAUGCGUUUUAUUACACAAAGAGUUUAUAUUUCAAAUUUUUUUUUGCAUAUUUGACAUAAAUAAUAAUAUCUUGCAGUAUCAUAAUAUCUUACUCGUACAGUAUAAAAAAUGAAUGCAUAAUAUUUUGUGAAAUGUUUCUAUAAAAAAAAAAAAAAAUCAUUCCGAUAAAAAUGAUAAUAUUUUGUUUUGAUUUAAGAGAAUAUUACACCCACAUGGACUGUUCACGUCUUACAAACGCACGGCAUAGAAAAUUGCCAUUCAGCAGGAUUUUUUGUGCCAUUUACUUUAUUAAUAUUAAAAUUAAUUGGCUUUCAAUUUUAAAAGUAAACAAAUCAUCUGUUUUUUCGAUAUUUUAAUUUUUAAAUAAGAUGUAAGCAUUUUUAAAUUGUGGUAUUUCACAUAUUCAUUUCGCUUGAAAAAUCUAUGUUGUUGUACAGAUAAUUUUGAAUGCUCAAUUCAUUCUAGUAUAAAACUAACCACUGAAUGUUGUCCCCGUUGAAUGAAUAAUCAUAGAUAUGUGUGUAAGAUGGAAACAAUAUAUUAAAAUCAAGGGGAGCCAUUUAGGAGGGCAGGAUGUCCACUAUAACACCCCUUUGUUAUUUUUAUCCAUAAUUGGCCCGAUUAUAAUUUAAAUGUUAGGUAGUAUUAUAACUUGAAUUUUAUUGAUUAAUAAUUUGAAUAAUUUAUACACAUGUGUAUAAAUACGUAGUAUAAAAAAAUAAUGUAUACACAAUUAUACUCGUGUAAUUAAAACAUAAAUAAAUUUUACGUUGUAUUAUAAUGCAUAAGAAAUAUUGUAUAUCAGUAUAUAUUUACUAGCUGUAUUAUCAGCUCAAAUAUGAAUAUUUUUUUUCGUUCUGAUUACAAUAUUCAUAUUACAUAGACAUAGAAAUUAGACAUAAUCUGUAUGUAUUCCUAUAUAUUGUACAAUUAUAUUUAUUACAAAAAAGACGUCCUAGGAGAAUGGGGACAGGUGCACCCACUAGUAUAGUUAAUUUAACGUAAACUUGUAAACACCGAUAAACCAUUACUUACGAAAAAAAGAUUCUGAGCAGAAUUCAGUUGAUAGUGAUGCUUUUCCAACAAUAUAUAAUAUGACAUUUUAUAGUAAAUAAUUAAUAAGGCUUUCUAUAUUUUCUUUGAUAAUAUUUGUUUAAUGUUGUAUCGAUUUUUCCAGUUUUCUCAUGUUAUCAUAUCUUAGUUUUUCACAUUUUCCUGGAAAACUCUUGGGAAAAAUGACCUCCCUAAAGUACCUUCCUAGUCAAUUUUUCUUUUAGAAACAUUGCAAUCAUUAUAAAUUAGAGCAAAAUUUCUGAUAGAAAAAUUGUUCACAGGAAAAAAAAGGCCGUAAUAUAUUUUAACUAAUACCUACAUUUCUGAUAUAUUCCCGUUUUGCCAUUGGUUUUUUUCUGGUUUUCAAAUUUGAUAAGAAAACUCCUAAGAAAAUCGAAAAAAAACUACCCUAAAGUACCUCUUCACACUAAUUUAUUUUCAGAAAAGGUGCUACAGUUAAAAUUCUGAGCAAGUAUACUGGUAAAAAAGUUGCAUACAGAUAAAAAAAAAAACAAAAACAAACUAUUUUGUAAAAACAUCAGCUUCUUCGCUCUACUCAGAAUUUAAAAAAUAAUGAUUUAAUAAAUAUAUAAGUAUUUUUUUGAAACCAUAAUUGGCCUAACAUCUAAUGAAUAGAAGGGGGAGAGGGAAAUUGGCCUCAUAAAAUGUUUGUAACCCCUUAUAAUUUAUACGCUACUGAAACGGCGUCCUCUUAAUCAAAGUAUUUUAUUUUUAUUUUUAAAAACUUAAAUAAAAAACUGACUAUUAUCUUUUUAUACUCUUGACACGGUUUAAAAAACUAAGGUCACCAUAAUUGUUGAAAUACUUGGUAAUCCGAGUAAUCCGACGGUUUCACGACUAUACCGCAACUUUCCCGACUGGCUAGAACUGUAUAUAGUCGUCGUCUUUGUCGUCGUAGCUGAGUAAAGUUCAAAACUAUUUCGCGUUAUAAGUGUCUAUCCUAUUUAAUAUCCACUUUGAGUAGGUAUUGCAGACAAAAUAAAAGCAUUGCGUCACACACAUCCAUCUGUCUCAGUUCAUAAUUUUCAAUUUUAAUUCAAAUUUAGUAUUAUAUGUGUUACUUAAUUAAAUUCGCGCAGCAUAUAUAUAAUACUCGGUAUAAAUAUACACUAAUGAUACUAUCAGACUUUUAUACUCGUAUGAAAAGUUAAUAUUACUUCUGUGAAAACAAAUUACAAUUUGUAUACAUUGAACCCACUGCCGAGCAGUCCGAUUCGAAUAAAUACAUAAUUAUUAUAUAUGCUUGUGUACCUGUAUACAACGGUCAAGAAGAUAUAUUUCGACUUAUUUAGGGUCAUGCAAAAAUUAAUUAUUAUGUAGACACUAAAAUGAAUAUAUUAUGACAUUAAUAUGAUUAUAUUAGGGAAUUAUAUUUUUCGCGUAAAAUCAUAUCAAUAAUAACAGUUUUUGAUUUUAUCAAGAGUUCUCUCAUAAAAUGCGGAAAACCGAAAAAAUAUGGAAUAAUUUACAAAACAUAAUAAAUAUAAAUUACAAUUUUUUUUUUCUGUGAAUAAUUUUUCUAACAUCGAUUUUACUUCAACUAUUAAUGAUAGCAAUAUUUCUAAAAGUAAAUUUCACUUGGGAGAUACUUUAAAAAGGUCAUUUUGCGAUUUUCUCAGGAGAUUUUUCAUCAAAUUUGAAACACCUGGAUAAAACAUGGGAAAACUGGGAAAAACAUAGAAUAACUGGGAAAAUUGGACCAACACUAAACAAAUAUUAUGAAAAAAUAUAUAGAGCCUUUUUAAUUAUUUUACUAUAAUAUAGAAUAUAUAUUGUUGACAAUCAACUGAUAAACCUAUCAACUGAACUACGCUCAGAAUCAUUUUUCCGUAAGCAAUGGUUUAUCAUUGCUUACAGAUAUAUAUUAAAUUCUCGUCUGUAUCCUACCUUCCUAAUUACCCACCUACAUCAGUGGCUGCAGCUGUCCCCAUAUCUUAGUUUUCUUUUUGACACUUAAAACUUAUUUUCCAGCACCAGCACUAACUCAAUAUUAUGACCAAAAUAACUUCAAUGGGUAGUCUGGCUAAUCGAUGGUUAUUUAUCGAUGUAUUGUUUAUUCAUAAAUUACUUAAAAAUAAUAUUGAUUAUUGACUGUCCAGAAAUACUAACAAGAGUAAAUUCAAUGUUCCUACCCGUUCUUUCAGAAAUCAUAUCAUAGUUUCCAAUAUUAUAUGCCUCAAUGCACCGUUAAAAUGAAUAUUGAAGGAUAUAUCAUUCUAUAAUCGUAUGAAAAAUUAUGAUUUUAACUUUGAUAAUCCAUUCUCACUUUUUCCAAAAAUUGUAAUCUCUAACUUAAUGAACUAUAAAUUGUAGCCAUUAUUAUUUGUUUGUUAUAUUAUAUUGUAUUGGAUCAUGUUGUAUAUUGUAUCUAUUGUAAAAAUUGACUAUACUUUUUUUCCUUAGGGCAUUAUUAUUAAUAAAUAAAUAAAUAAAUAAUACUAUUUUUAUCAAUUGUUCCGUUGUAUAUCGAUGUACAAAAGUUAUUUAAAGACUCCAAUUCGCUACAGAAACCUCUUAAAAAAUAAAACUUCGUAAUAGCUCCCUAAUUUUGUAUACAAUUAGUUUAAAUCACGAACUAUAAAUUCUAGUUGAUAAGAAAACUAUAGACUUAUAACCUUAGAUGUUAAAAGCCUUAAUGCAAUUUUAAAAAAAUACUCUUAAUGUAUAAUUGAAAUAAUGAGUAGUCAAGUAUAUUUUGCUAACAACUUAAAUUUUAUUUAAGGGUUUGAUAAAGAAAAACAAAUUUCCACAAGUAUUCGACAUUAAUUUCUAGAUUUCAAAUGUCUUUACGUCUUCUAUAUCUCCACAAAUGGGGUUAACUCAUUACGUACUCCUAUUGUCGUCCUCCGCAUCACCCUAUCCAUCAUAGUAUUUACAUUUCUACUUUAAUGUACUUAGUCACGGCUAUCGUACUUAAUUUAUAUAUUUAAUUUUAUGCCGAUUCUCGCAGGUUACGGACACUCGACGCCCAACACGAAAUCGGGCAAGUUGUUCACAAUGUUCUACGCGAUGGUGGGCAUACCACUGGGUCUAGUCAUGUUCCAAAGCAUCGGCGAGCAACUAAACAAGUUCUCAUCCGUGGUGAUCAGACAGGCGAAACGGGCGCUGGGCUGCAAGCGCACCGAGGCCACAGAGAUAAAUCUCAUAUUCGUCGUGUCAUUUUUGUCCAGUUUGACCAUCGCAGGCGGUGCAACGGCGUUCUCCACUUACGAGGGCUGGACGUACUUUGACUCUGUCUACUACUGCUUUGUCACACUCACCACCAUCGGGUAAUAUGCAACGCCACUUCAUGACAAUAAUAUUUCGAAUGUCGUCGGAUUUUUUGAAUUCGUGGCAAGAUUCUGCAAAGAAAAGAAAUUUCCUAUGUUUUUAUUUUUUUAAUUUAAUGUUUUUUCAGCUAUACUGUUUCAUUAUGUACUUGUUAACAUAACCUAAAAUUGUAUCGACAGCCGUCAAGAUCGACCCUCUAUAUGAAUCAUUGAUUGUACACAUAAACAUUUUGUGUUUUUGAGUUUUUAGGUAACAGUGCUAUACUAGGCAUUUUUAAUUACCUUGAAUACAAAAUGUCUCAUGAUCACUGGAUAUUUUUUCGGGUGGUUAUUAGAAUAAUAUAAUUGAUUCUCAUCGAAACUUCCUUCAUGUAUAUAUUUCGUAGUAUUAAUAAUCAUGAUAGGAUUUGAUGGUAUAGGCCGAAAGUCGUUAUGAAAAAAAGGUUUUUUUUCCUUUAAGUGGUUUUAAAAUCCAAUUAAAAACUUAAAAACCAGUAAGAUACGUUUUCCUGAUAAAUUAACAUUAUAUACAAUACUAUGCGUUGAGACUUGAGUACUUGCCAUUUGGCCGCCAUAGAUACCACUUUACAUAUGUUGAGUAUAUCGAUAUUCAUCAACAAUUGAAAAUUCAUUUAUAAUGUACUUUUUUAUUUGGGAAAAAAAUAAAUAAUGAAAAAGGCAACAAAUUAAAUUAUGGUCUUAUAAAUUUAUUGGUUUUUAAUUUCUUUUUGGAAACCUUCCCAAAUCUAUCCCUUCUAGUUACGAUAACGACUACAGUAAUAAAUGUAAUAAUAAAUGUAAAUGUACACCAGUUUACUGUUUACAUGCUACCACAGAUAUAGGAUAAUAGUCCCAUAACGACAGAUCCACGGUAUUCCCUGUUUCCCUCUAUUCCGUCAACGUAUUACCUACCAACUGUUCAAUUAUCUGGAAAAAAUGUGACUAAAAGAUAUUAUUAAACUAUAAAAAUAAAAAACACCAAUUAAAAUGCAGAGGCAAUAUUAUGACAAUUAUAACAGUUGACUUGUCAAAAAACAGUUUUUAAUAAGCCAAAAAUGAUGUCAUCAUAAACAUUAGCGCUAUAUAUAUAUACAGCGCGAAUAGAGCUAGGAAUUUAUAUUGUUUUCGAUAACACUUGAUAAUAAAUUAUAUUUUGUCUUUUCAAAUGCUACAUUUGUUAGAUAAACUAAUUAUCUUUUUAAGUUAUAUAAUACAGGUACGUUUGAAUGUUUGAUGAAUAAUAUUUAUGAUAAUAAAAAUUAUUUUACUUAAAUAAAACACGGUUUAAUAUUAAAGUGCAUAUCCUAAAAUAUAAAAUGCACCUAAUGUAUUUAGUAACUUCGUUAACUUUGUAUCAGUCAGCUUGAAUUCCUCUUUGGUCUAAUAAUUUAUCACUCUUUUGGAUCACGCAUUUAGAUUGAAAAACCUGUCUAUUUAUUCGUAUUUAGGUUCCAUUGUUCACCAUUCUGGCAUUCCACAUUUCUACUCAUUCCAAUUGCUUAAAAUGGUUUUCAUCUAGAAUGCGUAACAGAACAAACGUAUCACACAUCUCUGUUUCCGUAAUUUUAGUCAUUUGUUUGUUGUUCUAGCUAAAUCUGCUCUUGAUUAAAUAGUGUUAUCCAAUCUGCAUACUUCGUAAUUUCGUGAUUUUUCUUGCUGUAUGGCUUUCUGAUGCUCAUGAUUUAUUCUUUUUUUUCUACGCCAUAUGCUUUUCUUAUGCUAUUAUUAGACUAUGCAUAAAACUUGCGUCUCGAUUUAAGAGGCUUUGUCGAAUCGGCGUACCCGUAUAGUGAGUUAAGUGUCUUUUAUCCUGGUUGCAUAUAUGCAGUUCCUAAAAGGUAUAUUUUAAUUUCGAUUGUCGCCUGAAACAUGCCCGAACACUUCCUAUAUAAUUGGCUAAUUUACUUACAAUUAAUAAAAAAAAACUUAUAUUUCAUUAUUAGAUCAUUUUUUUAAUUAUACGCAUCAAAGCAUAAAACAAUUUUUUGUUUUGCCAAAUUAAAAAACAUUAUAAUAAUGAAAAAUUAAUGUCACUAGACACAUGAAACAUUUAUAAAUUAAACAAAAAGGUGUCAAGUACCUAUGUCCUAUAUACAAUAUACAAUAUACAUGUAUAACUAUAGAUGUAAUUAACUAAUCAUUAUAAUGGAAUACAUGCGAUCGCGAUAUGACGACGAACUUUCGUGUUAUUUGACUAUAGGUACACAUUCGCUGUUGAUGCGUCAUACUUUAACGAAGGAAACUAUCACUGAAAUAUAUUUCCAAAAAAUUGAAUGUUGAGAAAAUUUGAUUAAUUUAUUUUCCUCUUGAAAUUAUUAUGCACUUUUAGUUAAAUAUAUAUUUUAUAUAUUUUUUGACGAUUUCGUAAAUGUAUUAUAUUUUUGAUAUUUCGAAUAUUUGUUCAAUCAGAUACUUGUAUAUACGUAUCAGGUAAGCAUAAUACAGGGUGUCCCACGAAGAUAUACCCAGUAUGGUAUUUCCAGAGAUAAUAAAGAUAAUUCUGGUAUUUUAUAAUAUACACUGGGGGACUACAAAUAUUUAUACUUCAAUUUUUUUUAUAUAUAUUUAGUAAAAAACUUAAAAAAAUAACUUUUUAUUUUAUUAUUUUUGAAAAAUUUGAAGAUAGCAUUUGAUUAGAUUUUUCAUUUUUAGAUUUGAAGGUAGACAUUUCAUAGAGUUUAUUCAUCUGCCAAUUUUGACGUAUCAACUUUCUAUCUUCACAUCCUGUAUAUAUUAUAGUAUAAUAUGUAGUUCGCGUAUGUUUUUGUAGCGGUAGCAAGAAAAGAAAAAUGCUUCAACCUUUUGGCGGAAAAAAGAAUUAGGUACCUAGUCUGGUGGAAACAGGAUAAGGUUUAUAUUGUUUCGAAAAAAAUAUAUAGAUCGUUUCUCGAUUUUUUGUUGUACGAAAAUAAAAUAACGGAAAUAAAAAUCGUUAAGUAUACGAAUAUAAUAUAGGUAAAAAAAACACGACUCGUUAAUAUGUUUUUUAUUUUGUUCAAUGAACAUUUUUACAGUAAGGUAGGUACCUACCCACAAAAUAUAAUACAUAUACGUUUUAUUUACAGACGUUUUUUUUACGCCUACAUGGGUAUCGGUUCAAAAAUAUAUUAUUAUUUUACGUCGUUGUUCAAAAUUAAAUCUAAAUUCUAACAAUACUAUAUACUUUAUUGAUACGAUUUUUUUUUAUAUCUAUCUUGUUACAAUGAAAUCAGCAUUUUCCCGAGACUAUAAUUGAAUCUACCGAAUAUAGAUGUUAUUACAUUUAUACAGUUGAAAAAGAAGUCCAUAUAUUAUAUUCAAUAGAUUUUCACCUAUUCGAGCCCUUACCCCGGAAACAUUCAUAUACAUCUAAGAAUCAAUCAAUAGCCAAUAAAACAUUCAAUUAAAAAUAUACCUAUAUUUUUUCCCUUUUAAUUUGAAAAUUCCUAUGGAUUUUAAUGGGUAACAAUAUAAAUAACGAAAUAUAUAAUUUAUUUUCUAUCCGAAUUGUGUUUAUUUCAGACCUUACGAGUUAUCUCGUAUAUUCGUUAUUUUUGAAUGUAUCGGCUGUAUAUUUAAUUAGAUCUGAUUUAUUUUUAUUGCAAAAAAAAGUUGCAAUACCAAAUUAAAUUCGGUCUUUAAUGAUUGCAUAUACUUAAACUAAUUGUACCAAUUCUGGGGUUAAUGUGUAUUACGUAUUAAUCUACAUUAUGAGUUUAAACUCCAAACUUAGUUUAUGUAACCAAUACCGUAGAUAUAUGGGUACUGAACUAGUAAACAUUUGGGCAAAAGUUUUUUUAUUGCAGUAUUUAUAUUUGAGGCUAAUUCAAAAUGCAAUAGAUUAAAGAUACUCACGGGCCAUUAAACUGAUAUUAUAUGAUGAGGGAGCGGUAUUAGAUAAUUGUAUACGCUUACAAAACGUCACUAUAGAGUCGAGGAAGGGGACACAUUUAGAGCUCUACAAGUGCUUAUAAUAUAUGGGACAAAAAAAAAAUAAGACAUUUCGUUAUAGAUUUUUAACCUUCAAAUUUGUUGGCAGGUUCGGUGACAUGGUGGCCUUGCAGAAAAACAACACACUAAACGAUAAACUCGAGUACGUGGCGUUUACGUUAAUAUUUAUUCUGUUCGGAUUGGCCGUCGUAGCCGCGUCGCUCGACUUGUUGGUGCUCAGGUUCGUCACGAUGAACACGGAAGACGAGAGACGGGAUGAGGCCGAAGCAUUACAAGUAAAGUCGAUAUACUAUUAUAAAUAUUAUCGCGUAUAUUAGAAUAUAUUUGAGUAGUAUUUUAGACAAUGGUGGAUCAAUCCAAGGGGGGGGUCAUGAGGAAGUAACUGUAUGGCGUAUACUCGCUUCACUAAUUUUUUAUUCAGCGUAUACGUGCUAAAAAUAUUAUGAUACACGGAUAUGUGAUAGUAUAUCUCUGUUACUACCGUAUGGUCAUCAUUUUUUUUUAGAAAUACAUGACUGAUUUUAGAAAAGGAGACUAAUUUACCAGAAAUUAUAAAAUUCAAAUGUGAGCUUUAUAGUAGAUAGGUACCUAAUUUAAAUUUGAAAAUCCCACUUCGGAAUCUUAUCAAUGCUCCUACCUUUCUGCAGUCAACCUGUUGCUAUGUUUAAAUUUUCAAAUCUACGCAUUUCAAAGAUUUAGCUUUACAUUACGCUCACAUAAACACUUCUUUUUAUUAUUAGGUAUAAUUGUCUCGGGCCGACUGUGGCCCUCAAAUGCCCAUCUGCUGUCCCCGGCGAUGAUAACUUUUCCAAUUUUCCCUUCAAAUGUAGUUAGCAUGACCGAUCAUUUAAUUUAAAUCGUCUCGCUUUUCUAUGUUCGAACGGUUCUUCGAGUGAACUUUUCGAAGUAUUUCGGCUACGAUCAUAAUAAUUGGUGGCCUGGGAGAAAGUAUAUACUGAAGGUGGUAAAACUAUACAAGACGCGUCAAUGAAAAAUAAAACAUUCUUAAAUCAUUUUCAACGCUAUAAAAGAAAAAAAUAGUAUACUUAAAUAUUUUAAUACCAUUAAUAAGAUAAUUGAUGAAACGAUAACUAUAUAUUAUACAUUUUUAUCUAUUAUUAUUAUUAUUAUAAUAUCUUAUCGUCUUCUUCACCUUCGCCUUCAUGACAACUAUUUAAGGUUGGUCACCAUCAUCCUAAAUAUCCAUUUCACCAGUGUUGUUAAGGAACGCUUUCCUAAAGAAACGAUUCCCGGAAUUGAUUCCUUUUUAGAGGAACAAAUAAAGGAAUUAAUUUCAUUAUUUUUUAAAUGAAUAGGAACGAAAAUAUUUUAUUUUUUUUGUUUUUAACAAGGAAAUUAAUUUAAUCUAGUUUAUUAAAAUUUUGAACAUGUCAAUUCUAAGAAGUAAGAAUAAUUUCAUUCAUUUUCACAAUUUCAAUUUUCAUUUCACAUUCAUUUUUUUAAGAAAACUAGGUAUCUACACAAGUAACAAAUGAAAACCCUCAAUGCCAAAUUAAUUAUACAAUAUAUUUGAAUACUUCUAAGCAAAUUAUUAUUGAUAUUAUUAUUUUCAAAUCAAGAAUAUAAAAAGAUUAUUUUGGUAUGCAUUAGGUAUUCAUGAAAAAAAAAACAAUUAUCGCGCUUACAUGAACUUUUUUUAUAGUAGAAAUGAGGAACGGGUACGAAUUAUUUUUUAAAAAGAACUUUAACAAUACUGCGUUUUACCAGAUCACCCACAUCGUUCUCACAUACACCCGCCAUCCUCAUAUCAUUUUUAAUCAUAUCCAAAACCUCCUCUGUUUUAGUUUUCCUUUCCUCCUCUUUCCUUCUAUUAAUCCUUUUGAUUAUAAUCCUUACUGAUUUUGAUUCAUCCCUCCUCUUAGCAUGCCCAAACCAUUUAAUUCUAUUUUCUCUCAUUUUUUCCACUAACACGGCCACACCUAAGCUAUCUCAUAUAUACCUACUCAUUCCUUAUAUUAUCUUCUCUUAUCACUCCACUCAUCCACUUAAUCAUUCUCAACUCUGCUACACUCAUUAUCUGCUUUAUUUUUCUGUCUUCUUUCCAAUACUCUGACCUAUACACCAUAUUUGAUCUCACCAUAAUCUAGUAAAACUUACCUUUAAGUGUAGUUUGAAGAGAGGAUAUAUUUUAGCCAAAAAUAUUAUUGGCGACAGCAUUUUUGCUGACAAUAUUUAAUCCGAUGUUAUUUAAGCCGACAAAUAAAUAAUCCGAACCACAUUUUAUCUGAACCGUAUUUCAGCCGACAAAUCCCCCUCCACUACAACCAACACUUCAACACAACAGUAACGUAAGUAAUUGCACGUUGUGGACUGCAGAUUAGGUAAAGCAGAGCGCCCUAGUAGUGAAUGCGCGCACCGGUUGUUUGUAGCGAUGGUUGUAGUGGAGGGAGAUUUGUUGGCUUAAAUAUGGUUCGAAUAAAAUAUGUGUCGGCUAAAAUACGGUUUGGAUAAACAUUUUUCGAGUAAUAAAUAUUUUUCGUCUAAAUUACCGCUCGGCUGAAAUAUUUUCGGCUUUUUUACGCGCUUUCUCAUUGAAACCCUCGUGUCAUAUAAAACACCUAACGCUUCUCUCUACGUUAUCCAAACACACUUAAUCCUCACCAAAGCCACUAUUCUUUUAAACAAAAGACCCCAGGAACGUAAAAAUCUAAACCUCCCUAUUACGUAACCACUUGUUACCAAUAGUUUGUGCCGUUCUUCCAAACUCAUACUCUAUAGUAUACUUCUACUAAUCCUUAGUGCGUUAUUUAAGUAAAUAGUGAUAGGUAAUUUCAGAGAAAAAUUUUUAAAAUUUAUAUAGGAGAGCUACGAAUUUAUUAGGUAUGACUUACUUUAAAAAUAUUUAGUUACCUAUUAGGUACAUCAUAUUUGAAUAGUAUUCUCAUUUCCAAUAAUAAAUAUUCCUCUGACAUUGUGUUACGCCAGUAAAUUUUAACAGUAUAACAAGUUAACAUUGCAUCAUUGUUAAUAUAAUUACAAAUAUAAAUAUUACUAAAAAUAAAGUUUUUACAAUAUAGAUACUACGGAGUUUCAUCAGUUUUUUUAAAAUUCUUUAUCAUUUAGUCAAUAAUGGGACCCAUAUGCUGCAGUGGACUCUUGUUAAGCGAGUCCAGAAACGUUUUUGUUCUUCUGCUUUUUUCAUUUUAAAAAUUCCUCAUCCACCUCGUGAUUAUAGCCCAGUAAUGAAUAAACUUGGUCUCACGUCUUUAGCAAAUAAAAGAGUCGAAGAAAAUUUGGUAUUUUUGCGUAAGUUGAUUGAUGGUCGUCUGGAUGCUUCUUCUCUCCUUUCUUUAAUAUAUUUCAGAAUUCCUAGUCAAUCAGUGAUUGACACACAGAUGCUACACCACACCAACUAUGGUAAAAAUAAUCCCAUCUAUCGUAUGAUGCGUCUGGCUAAUGAGCACCUAAGUUUCUCUUAGUUUCUUUUAUUAUAUUAGUUUUUUGGUUCAUUACCGUUACCUGUUUUUAAUAUUAUUUUGUCUGCCACAAUUGAUUAUGUUAUACUAUUUUUUUUUUUCACUAUGUUUCAUUAUUUCUAUAUAUUGUCGUAAUUUAAUGUACUUUUAUAUUGUGUUACUUACUGUUCUUUUGGGCACCUAGUGCGUAAAAAUAUACAAAUAUACAUUUUUUUCUUCUCAAAAUGAUUACAAGUAAUCCAUGAGUUUUUCAUGGGGCAGUUUCGUCAAAGGCAUUUGAGAGCGAGACCACCAUCUGAAUCUCAUGGCAUUUAUCGUGUUAAAUAUUAAGAAAAGAAGUUUCAACAAUUUUAAAACCUAGGAAAGGAAUAUCAAUUUUUAGUUGAGCAGUAAAGAGUAGUGGCGAAAACGGGGGAAGAUAGUUUUUGAACGUAAAAAGUAUAGCACUGACCGGUUCAGGACUAUUUAAACAGUUUCGGAGGUGGCCCCUUUAAGUAUAUAACUAGGAGCUUCCCUUACCCCUCCCCUGAAUUCCUCGCAACUUCAUACAUGCCAAGUAAAUAUAUAUUGUUAAUGAGCGUAAUUAUCAUUACCUAUUUUCCUGUUAGAAGAGAGCGUAUUGAUUUCUUUUUGCUCCAUUCGAAAACUGAAAAAAAAACGACAAAAAAUAGAACUAUAUUAUUAUGCGUAUUAUCGUUUUAAUUAUGAAAUGUGUAUGCACUACUCCGGCAAAAAUAGUCGACGCCCACACUAUACAACGUAUAGUGUACAUGUAAUAUAAUAUGGCUGCAUUAUUUCGUUCACAUUCUGUAUCCCACAUACGUCCAGCUUGUCAUUUUGUGUAUAAUAAUAAUAUAAUGUGCGUAUUUAAAAUACUAUAAUCGACACAGUGUACAAUACAGUUAUUAUAUUUUACAAGGGAGACGCGAUAAUAAUAAUUUGUUAUGAUAAUAUUAUAUUAUAAAAUAAUAAUAAUAAUACGAUUGCAUGUUACCCGGCAAUAUAUUCGACAUUUCGACGUAGACAACUCAACUUAUUAGUAUACACAGUUACAACUAUAAUAUCAUUAUUAUAUUAUUUAAAAAUGUGUCGUGUUUGAGUUUUACUACGCGGGAAACAACGCAAAAAUUAAAAAAAUUAAAAACACUCGUGAACAGCAGAGCAGAAAGUUUCGUCACUGGAGUCGAAUUUUUCCCUAACCUCUUGUUUCCAUUACAUUUAAGUACUCAAAUUAAUAGUGAUGUGUACCAGGGGUCUAUUAUUAUAUAUUAUACAAGGUAUUCCACGAGGAUACUCCCAUUACAAUUUCUCUUGAGAUGAAAAAAUUCACCCUGUAUAAAUUAAUGUUCUCUUUCUCUAUACCUUCGUAGCAAGUCAUUUAUGGCUUUUGAAAUACAUUUUUUCUUCUAGGUGGAUUAGAGACCCUGGAUAUCUCCGCCCUCCCCCCCGAAACUACGCUACUAAUUACUUCUAAUUACCCCAGUUAUAUUUGGUUCUUCAAUGGUGUUGCAUACUUCUUCAUUUGAUCUUAUUUCAUAUCAUAUCUGUGUUGAACUAUUUAAUUUCGGUCCAGAAAGUUUUUUUCUACUAUUGCUAAUUUUCUCUUGUCCUCUAAAGUUGAUGGCCACGUUUUGCAUGCAAAGUUAUGAUAAGUCUUUUUAUUACUUUCUACAGUCUCAUUUUUGAUUUCUUUAAUAAUAGCUUUGAGCCCAGGCACUUGGUAGUGCAAGGAAGUGCCUAUUAUUUGUUAAAUAAGUUUCUUAAUUUUUUCAUGAUUACUAUUUUAGCUAUUUAGUUCCGUGCACAAUUACUUAAAACUAUGUUCUUUUUCAAAAUAGUAUUCUCCAAUUUGUAUAAUCCUUAUUUGAUGUCUUUGUGAUUGUUCUUUUGUUAUAUAUACUUGGUUUUGUUUCGAUUAUUUUAGAUCCUAUUUUCUUUGCCACUUCGUAUUAAUUCUUCCAUUGUUAAUUUUAUAUCGUCUUCAGUUUCCCCACAUUAUAGUUAAUAUAGUUAAUGAUUUUUCAACAUCAAUUCCUUUAUAUUUAAUACUUCGAGCUAUCACCUCCAGUGUGAUGUCAAAAAGUAUUGGAGAGGAUACAUCACUUUGCUUUAAUCCAUCCGUGGUUUUAAACUCUUUAGAGUGUGUUUGUCUGAACAUUAUUUUGUAUCUUGCUGUUUCUAUACACAUUUUGAUUAUUACAUUUAACUUGGCUGGUAUGUCAAAAAGUUCCUGAUCUUUUCAUAGGCUUCUCUUUUAACCGAAUUUUACGCUUAUUUAAAAUCCAGGAAUAAUAGAUGUAAUAUCGUAUUUAAUUUCUCUACAAGUGACUUAAUCAUUAGUAUAUGAUCAACUGUCGACUUUCUCACUAAGAAGCUACUUUGGUAGUCUCCUAUAAUAUCUACUGUAUAUGGUCUUGGGCAGUUGAGAAUAACGUUAGAUAGAAUUGCAUACGUCGUACAUAUUAAGAAUAUUCCUAAUAAUUCCUAUAAUCCAUUGGGUCUUUUUUUUAUAGAUAUGCAUAUAAUUGAUUUUUUUCAAUCUUCUGGUAUUUUUUCCUUUGUCCAUAAUUCUUUUAAUAAUCUACUUCACUUGUUAAUAAUUCCAAUGCUAUUUCGUCGUUCUCUGUUGCCUUAUUAUUUUUAACCAUUUUCAUGGCAAUUUCAAUUUAUUCUAAACUAGGUUCUUUAUCCUCUUUAUUAAUCUAAAAUAAAGCUAUAGUGAAAAGUUUAGCUUAGUUUUUUAAUAAAUAACUAUUUAACUCAAUUUUGGAGGGCCAGGAAAAUUAAUUAAAUUUAACAAAUCAUUUUCAAAUUUUACACAACUUUUUUAAUAACACAAUAAAUUUAUAUUUAAGGGGGAAAAUAAAUUUUAAUAAAAUAAUUUAAAAUUUAACUAAGUACUAUAUCUACUACCUAUACAAUUUAUGAUUUUUUUUAAGAAUAAGUGAUUGUUUCAAAAAUAAAAGCGAAUCAUACAAAUCUGAGAUCAGAUUUGGAAUCAGCAGCGAAUUUUCUUAUAGAAUUCUUAACUUGCUGACCAUAAAUAAAUACUUUGUUAGUCAGUGUUAUUAUUUCAAAAUUAUUUGAAACCAAACAACAGUUCAUACAUGGGUUGUACCUUUUUUUUCCCUAGUACCUAUAACCAACAUCAUAGAGGGAUUGUUUUCACAUAGCUACCUCGCUGCUGUCAUCGUUUAUUGUAAUCAAUAUAAUAAAUAAUAAUUAUUUAUUAGGUUGUGCUCUGUGUAUAUGUAUUACAAUAACAGUAAUAACAAAAAACAAGUUUUUAUUCAUAGGUAUCUAUUAUAAAAUACAGAUUUUUCAUUAAAUCCUAUAAAAUCCUAUAACAAAAUAUCAUUACGAAAAAAAUCUAAAAAAAAUGUAUGAUUGUACAAGUUAAUUGGAAAUAUAAUAAUCAAAAUAUCGUGGUCCCGGUGAGUAUAUAAUAAUAUACUUUAAUAUCCAAACACGUAAUAAAUAUUACUUACGUACAAAUAUUUAGCGUACACGGAGAAUUCACAAACGUAUAGGUAGGUAUUAUAUACUCAAUGAUAGCGCGAAGUACUUUUAUCGUUGAUUAAAUAUGAACAUAAAUUGAAUUAAUGUUUUUAUUUUAUAUUACUAAUUUUAUUUUCCACACACCUAACUACUAAAAAUAUUUUAACCCUACCACACCUUGUCUGUAAGCUAAAAACUAUAGUUAGUAUUAGAAUGUAGCUAUAAAAAACAAAUGCAAGUCUCGACAAAAACGGCAGUAUGGUUUACACACUAAUACACUAUUUAAUAGUGUGUAACAUGCGAUAGUGACUAUCAAAUGUUAAAAUACUGAAAUACUGAAGUUGUACAUGCCUGUUAAUAACUGUGAUAAUAACUUUUAUUGAAGUUCAAAUAUUGUUAUGAAAUAAAAUACAUUUUUUUUAAGAGCCUGGGGAGACAAGUUACCUUUAGCCCCUCCUUUCCAGGCCCGUAACCAGACCAAAUCAUCAAGUGGAGCAAACCAAAUUUUAGGGGAAACUACUAAACCAUAACAUACCGCUACAUAUAGACAUUUAAUACUUGUUGGGGAGGCAAUUAUUAGGUCCAGGAGAGGCAAUUCCCCCAUUUCCCUCGUGUCUACAGGCCUGCCCCCUCCCGGAAUUAAGCCACUGGUUUAAAAUACUUCUAAUAUCUUUUUUCAACUAUAUAAACUAUAAUAGGUAUAUAACUAUAAUAUAAAAUAUUAUUUUAACAUUUCAACCAUAAAAAGUGUGUAUAUAAUCACUGACGUAGGUAUCCAGAAAACUUACUUAAAACCUAUACGUUUUAUUUGUUUAUUGUACUAUAAGGAAUACUAAACAUUUAUCAUAGGUAUAAUAUUUUAUUUUGUAAAACCAUAAUAAUUUGUAUUAUAAUACCUAUUUCUGAACACCUAAGCGGCCAGGUAUCCACAAAUUUUUUUUUUGGUGAAUUUGUGAUUCAAAUAUACUACUUCUCGUCGCCACUGCAUAGACUUCGUGUGUACAGUUCCGUCUAUUCAUCCAUACGGGUCGAAUUCUCGUGUUUAUAAGCUACACACAUGUAAUGUUAUAUGUGUCGCCAGGACCGAAUAAAACCAAUUACCUGCGAGUGUGUGUAUAAAAUAUAAUAUAAUAAUAAUAUGAUACAUUCGCGAUGGAACCCGAUCUCUCUGGUCACUCAAUAUUUAGGGUUAAAAGUAAAAAUGUCGGUCAAAAAAAAAGGUCAAUAUAUUAUACCGUGUUCGUGUAUGCAAUUUCAAGUGUCACGUAAUAAACAUAAAAUAAACCCCCCUUAACAACGAUGACCUUUCGUUACAGUUUCGAAUAAUAUUAUUUUUUGGUCGAUAAGAAAUAAUAUCGUUAUUUUGCACAGUAUAUAAUAUAUACACUAUAGUCUCAUAUUACUGCAGUUAUCAUAACUACUUCAUAAAAAUAAAAAUAGAAUAUUGGUCUGCACGCAUUUUUUGUUCUCUAACGUUUUAUCAUAGGUAAAUAAAAAUUAAUAUAACACCCUAUAAAGGGAAUUAAUUAAAAUAUAAUGAUAACUAGGGUCAACAUUUUUUUUACACAUUUGCAUAUUGUUAUUGGUUGGUCAAAAAAUGAUUUAAUACCAAAAUGUAUUUCAUAACCCUACGAGUCUUAUUAAUACACAAUUUUAUUUUGUAUAAAUGACAUUAUAGGAUUUUAAGGCGUAUUUUAAGAUUGUGAGCAUUUUUAAAUAAUAUUUCAAAGAUUUCGUACAUUUUAAGAGAAUAUUUAGGAUUUCAUAUGUUGUUAAGACAUUUUCAUCUCGAUGAAUCGAGAAUCCCAAAAUAUCGGUCAAUCUUAGAAAAAAUACUUAUUAAUUUGUUUCACUCAAAUGAGUUGAUAUGGGUUAUUCGAUGUAUUGUAUGUACAUCGGUAUGGUUAGAUAAUCGUACAAUAAUAUGUCACAUGAUGUCUUCUAUAUACUUUAUCGUACCUACAUCCUAUCUACGUAUGAUUUUAAUUUUAUUUGAAUUUAUUAGGUUUUUUUUUCUGUAAGAACAUUUUUUGGUAAUUUGUAUGGCAUAAUUGUAUACAUAUUUACGGUUUUUAGGACAUGGUUCUCUUGGCUCUAAUGAUAAAAUUAUAGAAAAUAACGGCAAAACAUAAUUCCAGGUUGUAAUAGUUUGUUAAUCUUGACGUAAGUGUCUAUCCCUUUUUUGCGAUAUACAUGGAUUUCUCGGUUUUCCUGGGGGUUUCCAUUCCUCAAUAAAUUUCAGUUUCAAUUAUGAUAUGGUGUAAUUCUACACCGUGGCGUACCUAGUACAUCAUGUUCUAUCAUAUAUCAUCGUCGUUGAUAUUCAUUACUUUCGUCUCUUCAAUUGUGAUCAAAUAUCUUCAUUGGUUAGGUUCAUCCGUUCAGCUUAUUUUUACUGUUCAUCUCCAAAAACCAUUUCAAAUGCUUCAAGAUGUUUUUUUUUUUUUCACUCAAUCAAUAAUGCAUGCCUCUCAACCAUAAAAAGCUACACUACACACAAUAGUUGUCAAAAUAUAUCAGCUUCUCUAUUGUUCUACUCAUAUGUUCUUUAGGACCAAAAUCUUUUUUUUUUUAAACUGAUUUUAUCUUGCUCAAUUCUCUACGUGUUAGUUUCAUACGUAUUAUAUCGUCCACCUAUUGCUAUUGAACCACCUUAAUACUUAAAUGUAUAUACUCCGCAAGUUGGAUUCUUAAAUAGAUCUUCAAUACUCAUUUGUAUACACUGUAUACAUACGAUAUUUGUUUAUUACCGUUUCCAUUUCUAACAGAGUUCUCUGUAGGUUGUGUUUUGAUCGCACUAUGUCGUCUGCAAAUCGAAUAAUUGAAAUCAAUAUACCACCCACUUUGACCCCAUACCGAGUCUGUUUAGUUUUUCUUUAACCUCUUUAUACUUUUCUCUUUGUAAUAGCAGUUAAACAAUACUAAUAAAAGCAAGCACCCUUGUUUUACAACUGUGUUCAGAAUAUAAUAUUUUAUUUGAACUGUUUGUUUGAAAUGUUUUAUUUAAUCGGAAAAAUGAUAUUAUAUAGGAAAUUCGUACGAAAAUUUUCUUCGGUCCCUGGGAGUUCCAUUUGUUCACCGGCGCAUUACAUAUUUUUCCCCUGAAUGGAUCCGUUUAAUAAGUAGAUUAGUGUGUAAUAUCGACGAUUUAUUCGAGUACUGUACCUCAGCAAUAAUACAUUCGGAUUAAAUAAAAUAAAUUUGAAUGGUACAUGUCUGGAAUGAACGAUUCAAGAUACACAUAAAGAGACCCACAUACAGCACACAUAAAACAGAACGGAUUAAAAAAUUAGUACAUAAAUAUACGAGUAGAAUGGUAAUUUUAACUUUUUUAUAAAAGGACGAUGAGUUGCAUAUAUUAUAAUUUAACGUUUUAAUCCAAUUUAUAAAAUAUGAUUAAUAUUGUUGUUUAGUUUUAUGUUCGGUUGAAUACCUUUUUAAUUUAAUAUUAUUAAAUUGAAUUUGUUAAUGGAAGUUAUAUUGUUCGUUAAAUUUUAACUAUAAUUUUAUAUUUCUAGUGUAAGAAGUUUUAUGAAGAUCUGUAUUUUUUCGACAUGGUAAUUUAAAAGGUAUUUUGCCUGGGGUACUGUAUGUUUGAGACAUUUUUUUUCUGAUUCCCCAUAGUUUUUCUAAAAAUUAAAAGAAAACCGAAAACAAAUUCUGAUAUACAUAUUAGAUUUAUUUAUAUUGAUUUCCGGAUUACUUACCAAAGUAAGUAUCUUAUGACAGUCUUUCCAAAUACGGGUUAUUUCAUAUGUACCUAUUUAUGAAAUCACAACGAAUAAUCAAAAUAAUAAGAUAUUAUAAUACUAAGAUGAUUGAAAUUCCCCUCCUUCGAUACCGGAUUAACGGCCAUCACGAGUGUUCGUUUUUUAAAUUAAAUUAAAUCUUUAAAUAAUAAAUUAUUAUUACCUAUUAUUAUGCUCUGCCAUAGCAGAGGAUAAUAAUGAGAAAAAAAAAUCGAUUUUUUAAACAGCCCGCUAUAUGGGUAUAACUUAUCGCUCUGUUUGCGAGUAGGUAUCGUUAUAGAGAUUAUAAAAAACAGAUUUAUGCCGAUGUCGUGGUCGUCGUUAUGGAUAGGUAUACGAUAUUAUACAGUGUUUGUAGAAAAGAUUUAAGAGCAAAAGCUUUAUUCCAAACAAAAAAAUAACAGUACCUAUGCUUAUAAGCUUUCCGAACGGGCGGGAUUCAAUGUUUUUCUAUAGUUACCUUUUUUUUUCUCUUCCAGAUCCCAUUCCCUCAAUAAAAUUUGAGAACGCCUCCCGUAUAGAUAAUCCAUUGUUUUUAUCCAUAUGUAUACUUUCUGAUCUCAGCUUUACGUCAAUAUAGUUCAAGAUGGAGAUCGAGAUUUUUAAAUUAAACGAUUAACCAAGUAGUAACAUGAACAUAAAAAUAUUAUAUUGAAUACAAAUAAUGUGUAAGCCACGAGUAUUACUGUAAUGAUAUUAUGUAACAUGUUUCGGCAAUCAUCAGGUAACAAUAAAAAAUAAAAACAUUUUAUCAAUGUAAUAAAAAACCCGUUUAUUACCUAUUCUUUAAUACGGAUUCAAACAUAUUUUAUAGGUACCUAUGGUCAAGCGUGGUUUGGUAAAAAAGGGCAUGAAUUUAUACAUAAUUUUAGGACAAGUAUUGUUAAUAAUUUGGGUCGAUUUCAAUAAUAAAACAAAUUAUAAAAAGCCGGCAUAGAUACCAAAUUCACGCCAUGAGCAAGCCAUUAUUUAUUAUUUCUUGGGUAUUUUUAUCAGCGUUACCAAAAAGUAGUGACAACGAUAGAACUAAAGCAAUUAUUGUCUUUAAUACAUAUAAUGAUAUCGAUGUGAAUGUCUAAGCAGUAGUCAGAGAUUAGUUUAUAGGAGAAAAAAAAGAUUAAUAUUAUUUUAAAAUUGUUGUAAAUAUUUUUGUGUUUAAUUAUUUGUUAUGGAUAUAUCUAUAUUUAUUGUGGUCAUUUAGGUAAAAUCCGAAAUUGUGCAAAACUUAGAAAUAUUUACACAAAACACAAAAUGUUCACGAUAUUUGGGAAAGACGUCAUAAAAUGUCAUAUUUCGACUUUUGUCUAUACAAAUCUAAUAGUGAACAACCUCUUAAGGCAAAACUGUAACGUCCAUAAAUUUCAAUUUUUCACAUUUCUGAGCAUUUUUGAGAUUUACUCGAUUUCUGUUUUUGACCAUAAAAUAAUGUAUACUAUAUGUGUAUACAUUUUUUAAAUUUUUUUAUGACAUUAAUUUUAAUUUAUACCCACAAACUAUAUUUUUUUUUUAAUUGACUAGGAGAGAAAUUAUAAAAAAAAAAGUAUAAAUAUUGCUAAAUAGGAAACCCCGCGUGAUAUUUUGUGGUGUAUUGCAAUUUUUAAACUACUCCCACCUCUAUCUUUGAUUGAGCUAAUCAACCGAUCAACUGAUCGAACUGAUAUGCCCCUAAUUGUUAGUGUUUUAACGCAUUUUAACAUAAAUUUGAAUUGUAAAUGUUGAUAAAAAUAAAUUUCAAUAUUUUCAUCCGUGAAAUAAGAAAAUAAAACUUCAAAUUAGUAAAAUACUUUGGUUUAUGUACACAGUAUACCUAAAUUAUAAAGAUUUUCCCCUGCGGUAAUUUACUUGAAAAUGUUUGAAAUCCCAAUAGUUAUUCUAAAAUACUAAAAAAAAAAAAACCUAAUAAAUAACGAUUUUAUUUUUGUUGAUAUCUGGUUUACCUUGGGCACAAAGUAAAAAACGUGACUAACACUAUAACUUUAGCAAUUGCUCCACUCAUAAUUGUUUUUUCGAUGCCAGUAUCCCAAAUUAAUCAAUCUGUACUCAUGUAGCCUAACUUCCCAUUUACACCGGUGGUCUACUCAUGACGCAAAUUAAUAUUAUUAAUAUUAUUAACGUUAAUAUUAUUUUGAUGUGACUGAAUUAUUUUCUUAACACACUUUAACCGUUCAAUAAAAAUACGUCUCAAUGUACGGAUUUAAUCGAUACCCACUGAUUUACCGUUCCGUUCCGUUUUUUUUUUUUUUUUUUACAGGCUGCCCAGGGGGCAGUCCGUCUGGACGGCGAUGUGAUUACCGCGCACGGGUCCGUGUCCAGCCUGCCCACGGGUACCAUGACGUCGGCGAUGGGCCGGGUCAGGGGAUUGUCAUCACCGCCCGACAACGCAUCCGUGUGCACGUGCACGUGCUCGAGAAGCCGGAACGACGUGUACCGAUCCAGUUCGCCGCCGCGUUACUACGCUUCCGGUUCCAUCUACGAUGGCGAUGGCGGCGGCAUCGGCGACGUUGAUGGUGACGACGACGAUUGUGAGGAGCAGAACAUCAUACAGCUAGAUACGUUCUACGAUUCGUACCAGUCGACGGCGUCGGGUGCGGAUCCGUACCAGUGCCGACAGCGUGUCGUCCCGACGCAGCCACGAUCGUCCAUUUGA